AUGGCUACAAUUUCCUCCUCGCUUUCCUGUCUCAUGGAUUCAGCUGCAGCCCUGUUGGCGGGAUCCCCGGGUGGAGGGAAUCACUCAGUGGUGUCUGAGUUUGUGUUUCUGGGGCUCACCCAGUCCUGGGGGGUCCGGCGCCUCCUCCUGGCGUUCUCUGCCGUGCUCUGUGUGGCCAGUGUGAUGGGAAACACACUCAUUGUGUUUUUGGUGGCCUCUGACCCCCACUUGCACUCCCCCAUGUACGUCCUGCUGGCAGGCCUUUCCUUCAUUGACUUGGGGGCCUGCUCUGUCACUUCUCCCAAGAUGGUCUGCGAUCUUUUCAGAAAGCACAAGAUCAUCUCCUUCGGAGGCUGCAUUGCUCAGGUCUUCUUCAUCCACGUUGUAGGUGGUGUGGAGAUGGUGCUGCUCAUGGCCAUGGCCUUUGACCGGUACGUGGCCAUCUGCCGGCCCCUGCACUACCUGACCGUUAUGAGCCCACGAGUGUGCAUUUUGUUUCUGGCUGCUGCCUGGGCUCUUGGAGUUGUUCACUCGCUGUUCCAGCUGGCAUUUCUUAUUAACUUACCCUUCUGUGGUCCUAAUGUACUAGACAGCUUCUACUGUGACCUCCCUCAGCUUCUCAGACUGGCCUGUACGGACACCUACGGGCUGCAGUUUAUGGUCACUGUCAAUAGCGGCUUUAUCUGCUUCGGCUCUUUCCUUGUGCUCCUCGUCUCCUACAUCUUCAUCCUGCUCACAGUGUGGAAGCAUUCAGCCCGAGGUUCCUCCAAGGCUCUCUCCACUCUCUCGGCUCACAUCACUGUGGUCAUUUUGUUUUUUGGUCCUGCUCUGUUUGUUUAUACGUGGCCUCAUUCCAAUUCACAGAUAGACAAGUUUCUCGCUCUCUUUGAUGUUCUCUCUCCUUUUCUGAAUCCACUCAUCUACACAUUCAGGAAUAAAGAGAUGAAGGCAGCCAUAAAAAGAGUUUGCAAACAGCUAAUGAUGCAUAAGAGGAUCUCAUAA